UGGAGGAGGAAAGAGGGGGCGUUUCUCGCCCGCCCGUUUCAUCGCCGCUUGCGACUUGAUUGGCACCCUGGUUACCAAUGACAGCAGAGCGCCAAGAUGGAGUACGAGUGGAAACCCGACGAGCAGGGGCUCCAGCAGAUCCUGCAGCUGCUCAAGGAGUCUCAGUCCCCGGACACCACCACGCAGAGAGCCGUGCAACAAAAACUGGAACAACUCAAUCAGUAUCCAGACUUCAACAACUACCUGAUUUUCGUUCUUACAAAACUAAAAUCUGAAGAUGAACCCACGCGGUCGCUGAGUGGCCUCAUCUUGAAGAAUAAUGUAAAAGCUCAUUUUCACAGCUUUCCUAAUGGAGUAACUGACUUCAUUAAGAGCGAGUGCUUAAACAAUAUCGGCGACUCCUCCCCAUUAAUCAGAGCCACUGUAGGUAUCCUGAUUACAACCAUUGCCUCAAAAGGAGAAUUGCAGAAUUGGCCUGAACUCUUACCAAAGCUUUGUAGCCUGCUGGAUUCUGAGGACUACAAUACCUGUGAGGGUGCAUUUGGAGCACUUCAGAAGAUUUGUGAAGAUUCUGCUGAGAUCUUAGAUAGUGAUGUAUUAGAGCGACCUCUCAAUAUCAUGAUUCCUAAAUUUUUACAGUUCUUCAAGCAUAGCAGCCCCAAAAUAAGGUCCCAUGCAAUUGCAUGUGUCAACCAGUUUAUCAUCAGCAAGACUCAAGCCCUCAUGAUGCACAUUGAUUCAUUUAUCGAGAAUCUGUUUGCACUGGCUGGGGAUGAGGAGCCUGAAGUACGUAAAAAUGUUUGUCGGGCUCUUGUGAUGCUGCUUGAAGUUCGAAUGGACCGCUUGCUUCCCCAUAUGAUCAGUAUUGUGGAGUACAUGCUACAAAGGACACAGGACCAAGAUGAAAAUGUAGCUUUGGAGGCUUGCGAGUUUUGGCUAACUUUGGCUGAGCAGCCCAUUUGUAAAGAUGUGCUGUGUCGGCAUCUUACCAAGUUGAUACCUGUUUUAGUGAAUGGCAUGAAAUACUCAGAAAUAGAUAUAAUUCUGCUAAAAGGAGAUGUUGAAGAAGAUGAAGCCAUCCCAGAUAGUGAACAAGACAUUAGGCCCCGAUUUCACCGGUCACGGACAGUAGCUCAGCAGCAUGAAGAAGAUGGUAUUGAGGAAGACGACGAUGACGAUGAUGAACUUGAUGACGAUGAUACAAUUUCUGACUGGAAUUUAAGGAAGUGUUCUGCUGCUGCCCUGGAUGUACUUGCCAAUGUAUUCCGUGAUGAAUUGCUGCCACACAUUUUGCCCCUUCUGAAAGAAUUGCUUUUUCAUCCAGAAUGGGUGGUCAAAGAAUCAGGCAUCCUAGUUCUAGGAGCAAUUGCUGAAGGUUGCAUGCAGGGUAUGAUUCCAUAUCUUCCUGAGCUAAUCCCUCACCUUAUUCAGUGCCUCUCUGAUAAAAAGGCUCUUGUGCGCUCCAUUACUUGCUGGACUCUUAGCCGCUAUGCACACUGGGUAGUCAGUCAACCCCCAGACACGUACUUGAAGCCAUUAAUGACUGAGUUGCUAAAGCGUAUCCUUGAUAGCAACAAGAGAGUCCAAGAAGCUGCCUGCAGUGCCUUUGCUACUCUAGAAGAGGAGGCUUGUACAGAACUUGUUCCUUAUCUUGCUUAUAUACUUGAUACUCUGGUUUUUGCUUUUAGUAAAUACCAGCAUAAGAAUCUGCUCAUUCUUUACGAUGCCAUAGGAACUUUAGCAGAUUCUGUAGGCCAUCAUCUAAACAAACCAGAAUAUAUUCAAAUGCUUAUGCCUCCACUGAUCCAGAAAUGGAACAUGUUGAAGGAUGAAGAUAAGGAUCUUUUCCCUUUAUUAGAGUGCCUGUCUUCGGUUGCCACUGCCUUGCAAUCUGGCUUCCUUCCAUACUGUGAACCUGUGUACCAGCGCUGCGUAAACCUGGUACAGAAGACUCUUGCACAAGCCAUGUUGCACAAUGCUCAACCAGACCAGUAUGAGGCUCCAGAUAAAGACUUCAUGAUUGUGGCUCUUGAUUUACUUAGUGGUUUAGCAGAAGGACUCGGAGGCAACAUUGAGCAGCUAGUGGCUCGGAGCAAUAUCCUGACAUUAAUGUACCAGUGCAUGCAGGAUAAAAUGCCCGAGGUGCGACAGAGUUCUUUUGCAUUGCUAGGUGAUCUGACAAAGGCGUGUUUUCAACAUGUGAAGCCUUGCAUUGCGGAUUUCAUGCCAAUUUUGGGAACCAACCUAAAUCCUGAGUUCAUUUCUGUGUGUAACAAUGCCACCUGGGCCAUUGGAGAAAUUUCUAUUCAGAUGGGUAUAGAGAUGCAGCUUUAUAUUCCUAUGGUCUUGCACCAGCUUGUAGAAAUCAUUAACAGACCCAACACACCAAAGACUUUGUUAGAAAACACAGCAAUAACAAUUGGUCGUCUUGGUUACGUUUGUCCUCAAGAGGUGGCCCCCAUGCUACAGCAGUUUAUAAGACCCUGGUGCACAUCUCUGCGAAACAUAAGGGACAAUGAAGAGAAAGAUUCAGCAUUCCGUGGGAUUUGUACUAUGAUCACUGUCAAUCCUAGUGGAGUAGUCCAAGACUUUAUAUUUUUUUGUGAUGCUGUUGCAUCAUGGAUUAGCCCAAAAGAUGAUCUGAGAGACAUGUUCUGUAAGAUCCUUCAUGGAUUUAAAAAUCAAGUUGGAGAUGAAAAUUGGAGGCGUUUCUCUGACCAGUUUCCUGUUCCCUUAAAAGAGCGCCUUGCAGCUUACUAUGGAGUUUAACCUCAUGUAUUCAAGCUGUAGUACCACAGUUAGGGGUCUUUCAGUCUGGAAGACUGGGAGGGAGCCUCUGCACCCAGGGAAAAAAAUGUUACCCUUUACUGGGGGGAAGGGUAAACCAGUAGGGAAUACAGUACAAUCCCAAGCCUACUGGGAGGGGCGGGAGGGAGGUGUUGCCGUCACUGUAUUAAGCCGAUGUUGGGAAAUGUUUUAACAUCUGGAGCUUUUGUGGGUGGAAAUCUGUCUCCUGUUACAACUCUGCACUGGAUGUGAAGAAGCGCAAAAAAAAUUCACAAAAACAGCACAUUCUGCAAUAUUAUGGGGAACUGUACCAAAAUGAAAAUUAUAAAAUUGAACUGUAGGGGUAUGUAAAGAGGAAACAUAUUGUGUUCACACAAUAAAGGAAACAAGAAUGAGGAUUACUGAGAGUAAAGGUGUCAUAAUAAGGGGUUUCUGUGUUGUUUCAUCUUGAUGGGAUUCCUAGGUAUUGCAUGUUAAUGAAGAACUAAACAAAUGAAGUUAGUACAGUUAAAUGAAGCUUGUUACCUGUAUUAGGAGCAAGCACUUGCAGUGUACAAAUUCAAAUAACCCCGUAAUAAAGUAAUAAAGGCUAACUUGAACAAAAUGAAGCAACCUGCAAGAUGCCAAAUGAGUCACUCCUUUUCAUUUUGUGGGUGGGGGGAGGGACAUUUCAGAAGAAAGGCAUUUUUUUUUAAUUUUACAUUGAAACUUUAAAGGUAGUGGAUAUGAUUUGAUGGCUGUACUUCAUUUAGAUUUAAUUUCUAGAGUAAGACAUAAUUCUUAAUGUGCAGUUUAAGGUUCAGGCAUGCAUUUUGGAUCAUAGUGAUCGAGCGUAUUUUUAGUGGGAAAGUAGCAUGCUUGCAUCAAAGAGUGAGAGUGGUAUACAUUACUUACGUUGCGCCAGUUUUGUGUUGCAGUUUACCAAUUCAGUAUAGCCCUGCAUUUAAAGAUUCCUUUAAGAUUCUGUGGAUUUUAUUUUUUAUUAAGAAUAUAGAUAUAAAAUACUGUAGUUACAAAUUAGGCCUUGAAAUAUCUUUUUUAGGAUCUGUUAGGAAUAAGAUUGAUAUUGUAUUGUGUAACCUGCACAAUGUGGAAAGCUGAUAAUAGCUGUGCAAAGUAUUGCCUCUGUGCUGUCAGUGUGAUGUGCUUUCUGCAUGGUUAUACUAGUGAUUUUUAUCAGAACUUCUAAACAGAGUUACAUGGUAAGACCUGAUAAAGGCUACAUAAAUGUUAGUUGGCACGUAAAGACAAGUUGUAGAAAAUUAAUGACAUGAUUGCUACAUUUCAGUGUUUAUUCCCACCCAACAUAUGAUCAAGCUAUCAUUUUUC